CUCAUUGCAGCUUAGACACUGAACUGGAUGGUUGUGUGUGCAGCUCUGGUAUAAUGACAGUUUUAGGAGUGCCUUCCUUACCAUACUAAAAGUUACAGAAGACUCACAGGUGACAGAAUGGAGAGUGCUCUGCUUAAGGCUGCUAAUGCUAAACUGGAGGGAAGGCAGUUGGAAGCUGCAGAAGAGCUGUAUGAACGAGUGAUUGAAAGCUGUCGGCAGGGGGGCCAGUGCAGCCCUGAGGACCUUGCCGUUGCUUUCAAUAAUAGGGGCCAAAUCAAAUAUUUCCGAGUUGACUUCUACGAGGCCAUGGAUGACUACACAGAGGCCAUACGAAUCAAGCCGAGCUUUGAAGUGGCAUAUUACAACAGAGGGUUAAUUAAGUAUCGCUUAGGUUAUUUUGAUGAAGCCGUUAAGGAUUUUCAGAAGGUGCUGGCAUUAAAUCCAGAGUUCAAGGAUGCGCAGAUAAGUUUGCAGCAAAGUCUUCUGGACAAAGAAGAGAAGACGAGGAGGAUGGCCGACCUUUCCAAAGACUGUGCAGUAUAAUGUUCAAGGGAACACCCCCCCCCCCCGCUGGUUCUGCUUGAUUCUGCCUGAUGCCAAUGUGUUAGAAUCUUGUUUUAAUCAGAAAAAUUCCAACAGAACAAUCAGGUGCAGAGAGGCGUCUGCAUUGUCUGGAGUAUGGAUAAAGUGACAAUUAAAUGGACACAAUUAUGGACUAAUUAAUUACAGAUAUAAUCAACAACACAAUGGUUUCUCUUCCUAAAUCACGUGCACUCCUGUGUCUCAGAGGAAUUCUGUGCAGAAGUCGAUGCAGUAAGAUUCCAUCCAUUUUUGGCCUGUGGACAGUGCUUUUAUUUCAGCAGGGCCUGUCAAUGUGUUACCUCAUCAGAGCAAUCAUGGCCGCUUCCACAGCUAACUCCCCAUAUCUAGAUUAACCUAUAGGAUUAUGCUUUAUUAGGGUUGCUCCUCUAAUUCUCAUGUUCUGCAGCCCUAAUACUACUUCAGCCUUCACUGCUUCCUUUUCUGGCCCUAGAUUAGUGGAAUAUGUUUGGCCCAGUGGGGCCUGACUCCCCACACCAGGAUUACCACUUCCAGCUUUGUAAAAUAAGGGACUCCCUACAUAAAUAUAUAUAUUUAUAUAUAGUAUUAUUAUAUGUACAGUAAUCCUUAGCAGCCAAUCAAAUAUAUUAUUUCUCUUCUUUCACCUCCAGUAGACACCUCUGCCUUCAUUGUUUAUUGGUUGCUGCUUCCCAGUGUAGGGAUGUGUGACUUAUGCCCAGUGUUAAAAGUUAAACUUUAGACUCACUGCAGAGAAACAUUAAUACAGAGUUUAAAUGCUUGUAUGUAUUUGUGUUGGCCAAGAGCUGGAUUCAGGUCUGGUUCAAGAUUCAAAAGAGGUCCAAACAGCCACCCACAGGCACAGUAAAUGGUGAUUGUUUCUCAGGACCUCUGGAAUUUGCCAGAAUCCAAGGCCGGAACUAGGGGUAGGCAGCAGUGACACAUAUCUAGGGAACAGCGGUGGUUGGCCACUAUGACCCUAGGCACAUACCUCUGCUGCCUUCUCUAACUCCGGUCCUGCGCAAACAGAGCAGCAUUUCAUGCCACUGGGCCCAUGGGAAGAACUCAGGGACCAUAGAGUGCUUUUCGAUAAAUGUGAUUAUUUUUGCACUAAAUAAAUGUGUUUAUGUAA